AUGGGAUGUUAUCUAUGGGAUGAAUUCCUAGAAUUGGAGUUACGGGAUCAAAAAGACGAAGUCAUACGGAAGCGCCUCCUAAUUGAUGGAGACGGCGCUGGAGAUGAUCGGAGAAUCAAUCUGCUAGUGAAAAGUUUCAUUAAAUGGUGCAACUCUGGGUCCCAGGAAGAGGGAUACAGCCAGUACCAACGUAUGCUGAGCACGCUGUCCCAAUGUGAAUUUUCAAUGGGGAAAACUUUGCUGGUAUAUGAUAUGAAUCUCAGAGAAAUGGAAAAUUAUGAAAAAAUUUACAAAGAAAUAGAAUGUAGCAUUGCAGGAGCACAUGAAAAAAUUGCUGAGUGCAAAAAGCAAAUUCUUCAAGCAAAGCGAAUACGAAAAAAUCGCCAAGAAUAUGAUGCUUUGGCAAAAGUGAUCCAGCAUCAUCCAGACAGACAUGAGACACUAAAGGAACUAGAGUCUCUGGGAAAAGAACUGGAGCAUCUUUCACAUAUUAAAGAAAGUGUGGAAGAUAAGCUGGAACUGAGACGGAAACAGUUUCACGUUCUACUCAGUACCAUCCACGAACUUCAGCAAACGCUGGAAAAUGAUGAAAAGCUCUCCGAAGUAGAAGAAGCUCAAGAAACCAGCAUGGAAACAGACUCCAAGCCAUAGACAGGCUAAUCGUUCACCAUUCCCAAGAAUACAGAAGUAACAACAUGCUCACUGUGUUUGGAACUUGUUGCACUCUUGAGAUUUAAAGUUUUGGCAGUGAACUACUUUGCUUUUAAAUAUUAAUGUACAGUUCAUUCCGAUUUCUUUACACAAAGGAAAAAGACUUUAAUAUCGAUUUGUUUGUAUUGAAAUGCCUUUUUUAUUCUUGAAAGGUAGGAAGCAACAUCCCAAAAUGUUUAAUAGAAUGUUUUCAAGCCAGAUAUGUUUUGUGCUCAGUAGUGUUGUAGGUAGUUUUUAACUGGUAACAUUGAUUGGCUUAUAAACUAUGUUGAAGGUUGUGAGAAAGCGGCAUUUCCAGGAUAUGGGUGAGAAAAUGAGUCAAUCUGGAAAUUGUUACCACUUUUGAAAAUGGAGUUCAUGAAUAGGCUUCAAGAGGGCUGCAAAUUUGUGAAAUUAUGUUCAAAAUAGGGGUAGCGUAUGCUCAUUUGGGGAGAAGUUGCAUGAUACUAACAAUCGGUGGUGUAAGAGGUAAUUAUAAGAUGAAAGCAAAUCAAUAUGCAUUGCUUUCUAGAUCUCUCUCCUCAACACUUGAGCAAUGUGGUUAUAAAAUGUUUUGUUAAUAUGUUUUCUCCUACUGUUUCAUUAUGUAGGGGUCAUUUUCAGCAGAAAAAAAAAAUUGAUAAAGAAAAAGUUGUCUCAGAAAAACAGUCUGUUAAGAUGGUCUUGCAUAAAGGAUUUCAUCAUCUUAAAAAUUAAGCUAAGGCUGAAUCAUUUGUAAUUUUCUUAAGUAUGGAAUUUAAUGCUCAGUACUUGUUAGGUUCCAUCCUUACCAUUUAUUUUAGUUCGGAAACAUGACAGUUCGCAUGAAUCAUACUUUAAACAAUGUUAAAUUUUUGUAAUCUUAAGAAUUCUUUAAAUAUGAAAGUUGAAAAUUAGCUCAGUAGUAGUCAUAUUAAAAGUGUCAUAAUACC